AUGCGCGGUGCGCGCCGGACGCGGAACGUCUGCCGGUGUGCCCGCGCUGCUGGUCCCGGGGUCCCUGAACCGCGGGCGGCCCCGCUCCCUCCGCUGGCCAUGGCCCCCCCGGCCGCGUGCCGGUCCCCGAUGUCACCGCCGCCGCCGCCGCUGCUGCUGCUGCUGCUGCUGAGUCUGGCCCUGCUGGGCGCCCGGGCCCGCGCCGAGCCCGCCGGGAGCGCUGUCCCCGCGCAGAGCCGCCCAUGCGUGGACUGCCACGCCUUCGAGUUCAUGCAGCGCGCCCUGCAGGACCUGCGGAAGACAGCCUGCAGCCUGGACGCUCGGACGGAGACCCUACUGCUGCAGGCAGAACGCCGUGCCCUGUGUGCCUGCUGGCCGGCGGGGCGCUGAGGACCACGCUGCUCCAUGUCAAUAAAUGCCCAGUGGCACACCUG